UUUUUAAAUUAUGAUCAUUUUCAUUAUGGCUUAUUAAUUAGCAAUAUUUACUUUAUGCGAUUUCAUUAUCUUUUUUGUUGAAUAUUUUAUUACAGUGUCAUUACCCACUUCACAUUUUGUGUUAUUUUCUUAAGAAACACCUUAAUUAUAUAGUUGUAUCUUAUUAGAACUAAAAAAAUAUUUGAAGUAAAAGUUAUAUGCUUUGUAUGAAGAGUUUUCCGGAAAAAAAAAAUCUGAGAAACCUAAGGUUGAAAAAUCCGACUUUUGUUGGUUUGGUUUGAUUUGUAGAUUUAAAAAUCUGAUACAAUUGAUUCGGUUUGGUAUUUUUAAAACCCGAACCAAUCCGGUCCAUGAACCCCCUACUUCUCCAUUUCCACUCUUCACAUAAUUACAAACACUUCUUCGUCCCAAUUUAUGUAGCACCUUUCUAAUUUCGAAAUUAAAAUGAGUUUUUUUUAUGUCUUUUAAAUAUUUUGAACUGUCAAUUAAAUAAAGUACAUCUUAAAGUUAUUUUAAAUAUGUAAAUUUAUCUCAAAGACUUAAAUAAUAACUAUGUGAAAAAAAACAAAAAAAAAAACAAAUUUCACACCUUUAUGUCCACAUUUCUGUGAGAUAAAAAAACUGUACAUACCACUUGUGUGAAGGCACAUACUAAUAAAAAAUUUCAAUUGCCCUUUUACAAGGAAAACAAAUACUGUACUCGUAUUGAGACAGAGACCUGCAAAAACUAGUCUGAAUUUGUACAUUUACGGAAGGUGCAGUACUAGCUUACUAAAAAACGCCACGUGUCUUCCUAAAUCACUCCACUUCUCCAUUUAGUUUCCACUCUUCACAAAUUUGAAAAUACACACAACGACGUUUAUCAGAGCAACUUCUAUUACCGGCGGUAAUGGCGAAUCCCGGUCAACGGAAAGGAUUAGUUAUCUCUGCAUAAAAUAAUAAUAUAAAUGACAAAAUUAUCCCUAGAGUCCCUCAAAAUCCUUUUUCUACUCAAUAAUGUGGAAGGUGUUUUUAUAAAUAAACAACUUCAUCUUGAAAAUGAUGCAAUUACUACUUAUAAUUUUAAAACAACAAUACAAACAGUCAAUAACAAAUACAGUUAAUAGUCAAAAACACACUUCAAAUAUUAUAUUUUUUUGAGUUUUCUACGUAAACUUAUCAUGUGUGAGAGUUUCUUAUCUAAACUAUCACCAAGUAGUUUGCAAAACACACCUCAACUAUAGUUGUUCACUUUUCCUAUCGCCAACUAAUUUGUAAAACACACAUCGUUAAAAAUGAACAAUUGAUAAUUAAUCGCAGCUAACAAAUUUCAGCAUAACUGAUUCCAACAUAAGUUAUCCUCAAACCAAACAACCCCUUAAAAGAUUCUAAACACAUAAUUGUCCUUACAAGGAAAAGAAAUAAUAAGACCAAGACCUGCAACAAAAAAGGAAAAAACGGACAGAUACAUGCAAAAAUUAAAUGCUCUAAAUUGACCAAAAACGCCACGUGGCACUGCAAAAAGCAAAAAAGCAGAAGCAUUACUUUUCACUUGUCCAUUUCCACUCUUAAACAAAUACUUACUUGUGUUGCCUGCAAUGGCGAAUCCCGGCCACCGUAAAGGUUACAACGUAGAGUACAGAGCAAACGAUGACGACUCAUGGUACAGCGUACGACUCGUGUUAAGAAACCAAACCAUGACUCUGAAGUACGAAGGUUAUCCCAAGGACUUCGACAUCAUUUUCAACGCCAGAGACUUCAAAACGAAGGAGGAAGUGAAUGAACUGGUAAGGAGGUUCAGGGGCGUGUCGCCGCAGGUGCAGGAUAGUGAAUGCGGUAGUCUCAAGGAAGGAAUGAUUGUCUGUGUUGCAUGUAAUGCUUUUGGCGGUGAUGAUAUGUUGUACUACGACGCCCUUAUUGAAGCGGUACACAAUGUGGACCAUUCAUUUGGAAAUGGAGAGGAGGAGUGUUUAUGCACCUUUGUGGUAACUUGGCUUCAUGGUCCAAAGAAAGGAUUCUUAACCUCCACCAGAAUUGAAGGCAUGUGUACCAUAAAAGAUGUUCCUCAAGUUGAUCCUAAAAUAGCUUCCUUCUUGGAAUUGGUGAACCGGAAUCUCGAGAAAUCCUCUUGCAUGUUGACUUCUGCUUCGAUGCAUGAGAGUUCUGCAUCUAAAGCAUCAUCUUGUGAAAUUGGAGGCAGUAAUUUGACUUUUAAUUCAUCCUUUAAGGGAAUUAAUAGUGCCAAGAGUACUGUUGAUGUCACAACAGGAGCAACAGAGAGUAAAUAUAGUAGGGAUCAGGAACAUGACGAAGAUCUUGGAGGGCAAUGUCCAAGUUCCCAUCUUAUGCUUAUUGAAAACUUGGAGAGAAACUUAUUACCAUCAUCAUUCAGGGAUUUUAUACAUGAUCACACUUCUGUUUCAUCACAAGUAUACAUUUUACCAAGUCUGUCUAUGCCAUAUGCAACAGGUUUUAUUGUGGUAGAUUGUGAAGAGAAGCUUCAGAAGAUACACCGGUUUUUGGAUAAUCCAGCCCAACUUAUUGUGUCCUCAACUGGAAGGCCAUUGGUUAUAACUGAAAGAGAUGUAAGGCUUGGCAUGAUUAAGAUGUGUCCAGGAAGCUACAAACCUCAGGAUAUGUGUCUAGGAACAAGUUUGGACAAAGAUCUGAUGGUGGUCCGUUCAGGAACAGAGACAUACGAAAGAGCAAUGCAGUUAAAAAAUUUAUUUCUAGAGUUCACGAGUCAUCUACAGCAGCUAUAUAAGAAGUUCUCUGGGGAAGAGAUGAUGAUUUUGCAGUUCAACCAGAUGAUCUAUUCAUAAAGGUGUAAAAACUAGUAUGCGCUGGUAUAUACUCGUGUAUAUUUUGGCCAUUGCAACACGUAAAUUCUUGAAAGAGAAGCUGUCGUUUCUCCUAUAACAUUAGAAGAUUUAGGUUAGCUUUUUAUAUUUUACAUCUCCUUAAAAGGUGAUCUAUUAAAGUCAUGCUCACCGGGCUUCUAAGAAAAUGCCUUUUAGCAAGCCUGUUAUAUAUAAACAAAGUUGUAAUGCUGCACAUGAGAUACAAACUCAUGACCUAAAGCAAUUUUUGAACCAUCUUUGUCACUACACUAGAAGCGAACUUUUCUUUAUGUUUUGGAAUUUAGCAAUAUAUAUAUUGUUUUUAUCAU